AGGACCUUGAAGGAUGAGUCGUGUAGAUGUGGAGGUUAGAAGGGGGCUACGGGCGCGGGGUCGCGGGGGGUAUGUGGGCGGGGCCAGCCGGGAACAGCAACAGGUCGCAGCGAGGUCCAAUCGAUACAGAUGCUGGAUCAUGCGCCUUGUACAUUGCAAACAUCAUGCGCUGUGUGCUACUGCUCUCGGUGUCAAUUUUCCUUCCAGGACUUAAAGGUGAUUUGCUUCGGGACAGUGUUCAUGUGACAUCGGCAGCGGCUCGACCCAACAAUGAGCUAUGGUGCUACAAAUGCCUCGCCGAGGUGCCUGAGGACAAAUGCGCGGACUUGCGACACAACAACUCCGCGCUUAUACACAAAUGUCAAAAUGACCGACGAAUGUGCAUGGUAAAGCGAUUCUCAUUCACGACUUCAACGGAAAAUUCCACGACCGCACUCAAGAUGUGGGCACUCGAACGUAAUUGUACGAAACACUGCGAGCCGGGCUGCAUCGUUAUCGGAGAGCGUACGAAACUAUACGCCUGCACUUCAUGCUGUACAACCUCGCUUUGUAACUACGGAUCUGACGCAAACGGAAUUUAUUUACAUCCUUUCUUAUUACUUAUCAUACUUAAUAGUCUUAGAUUUCAUUUGGCAAAAAAUUAUUAAUUAAUUUUUGGUUUAUGCUAAACCAAAUUGAGCUAUAGUUGUACAUAUUGACUUUUUCGAAUAGAUUAUGAAUCAUCUAUGGGAGCACUAACUAGGGCGAGAUUAUGUAUUUUGUUUCUUAGCUUUAAAACUGUAAAACUAUUCAUUUUUAGAUAGUUCAAUUUAAAAAAAUAAAGAUCUCCAUUCCAUGAUUAUUAUUAACAUUAAAACAACUUUAAAACGCGCAUGUCAAAUAUACCCAUUCUUGUCAUUAUGUUAUUAAAUGCUAUGUAAAAAAUUAUAUUAUUAAACCAUUACUUUGUGGGCCUUUUUUAUCUUUUAAUUUACCACAAUUUUCCAUCAGUUCUAUGUUGUUUCAACAGGAUGUUGGCUUUAAUUUUCCCAGCUUUAUCAAUUAUUGUGGUUACAUUUUAUCUACCAAUUACAUUACUAAACUUGUUUUGACCAUAGGUUUUCAGUAACCAAACUUGUAAAAAAAACAUAUUGCCAUCCCCUAAUAUUUUGCUAAAAACAGAUUUUUUUAAAUGCAAAUGCA